ACCACAGCAUACAAAGCAAAACAAGAGAACGCAAAAAGUGUCUACUGAUUUUCAAUUCGAUUUGCCAAUUGAAAAUAUUUGCAAUAAUAGCCCUUCGGUGGAGCCCCGCCCCCGCGAAGUCAGUGUGUGUGAUAGCACGGGACUGAGCUGCAUUUUGCCUUGCCAAAAUUGGCAGUAAUUUGCAAUUGAAAUCCGCCCAACAAACAACAAUACGCACACAUACACACAUCACGCCCCCCGCACGUCGUAACCGCCCUACAUUCCGCAUUCCUUCCGCUCCCUAAAAGUGAUCUAAACAACGUACUAAAACGGUCCCAACAUGACUGCAGCACCAUACAAUUACAAUUACAUCUUCAAGUACAUCAUCAUUGGUGACAUGGGCGUGGGCAAAUCUUGCCUGCUCCAUCAGUUCACCGAAAAGAAAUUCAUGGCCAAUUGUCCGCACACGAUUGGCGUGGAGUUCGGCACACGCAUCAUCGAGGUGGACGACAAAAAGAUCAAGCUGCAGAUCUGGGACACAGCGGGCCAGGAGCGAUUCCGGGCUGUCACACGCUCCUAUUACCGAGGAGCAGCCGGUGCUCUGAUGGUCUACGAUAUUACCAGACGCUCGACGUACAACCAUCUGAGCAGCUGGCUCACCGACACUCGCAAUCUCACCAACCCCAGCACUGUGAUCUUUCUCAUUGGCAACAAAUCCGAUCUGGAGAGCACUCGAGAGGUCACCUACGAGGAGGCUAAGGAAUUUGCCGAUGAGAACGGUCUCAUGUUUCUCGAAGCGAGUGCUAUGACUGGCCAAAAUGUUGAGGAGGCUUUUCUCGAAACCGCUCGCAAGAUUUACCAGAACAUCCAGGAGGGUCGGCUCGACUUGAACGCCUCCGAGUCCGGAGUUCAGCACCGACCGUCGCAGCCUUCGCGAACCUCGCUGAGCAGCGAGGCCACGGGCGCUAAGGAUCAGUGCUCGUGCUAAAUGGAUGCACCUUAACUUUACACAACCCUAGAUAUAUAAAUGAUCUUUUAUUUUUAGCCGACUCGUAAUCUACCAGAGCCCAAGCAAAAACCAAUGUAUGUAGUUGAAUGAUUCGAUUAAGCAUAAGUAUGUGAGCCAGCGACAGCGACAGCAACCACUAAUACCAAAAUAUAGAAGCCCUCCCCGAUAAUAAGACACAAACUCUUCAACAUUUAUAAUAUCGAGUAAGCAUAAAUAAUUAUUAGAUAAUUGAAUACGUUUGUUGGUUAGCGCGAAUAUAUCUCACGCAUCGUUAGAAGAACCAAAGUUUUGACUAUGAAAUUUCGAAAAGUUUAUCGCUCUAUUCUAAACACAGACACUCGUUUGGCCACAAAAAAUAGCUAAAUGCGUUUGAUAAACCAUGUUUUCUUUAAGCUGUAUCUUUGUAUAUAUAUGAAUUUUUGUAUCUCCUUUUAUCGAUCAUUUUUUGUUGAGUAUUUGUUGUAGUCGCGUGCGAAGACGGGAGAAAACGAUCAAUGUUAUAUGAAUAUUAACGAUGUAUUAAUGGCAUAAUGCAAUAGGAAAUAAAUAAAACGGUAUUUAUAAAGCCCCUACCAAUUGAAA